CACUGUGAACAAUCAAUGUUGUAUUCACCAAUAGAACGUAGAUAAUGAGCUACGGGCAACUGUAAAUCGUAAUAAGUUUAGAUUACGUUCACCGUCAGAUACAAUUCAUUUUCAGUCACUUUGUUUCUUCGCGUUCUAAUUUAAGUCCCAAGACUAAUGGUUAAAGGAGAUCAGUGAUAUGUGCUUGAAGUAUGUUACAAGAAGGUCAGCAUCCACACGAAAGAUUACUUAUGGCAGACGAAGGAGAUGGUGGCCCAGGAUCUAGUUAUCUGACGUUUGUUGUGAUGGAGGAGCUACUGGAUAAAUUAAAACUCCUUAGAUAUGACCAAGAAUUCAUUAAAGACCUCAAGAUGAAGCCAUUAAAUAGGCACUACUUUGCACUCCAGACAAAUCCUGGUGAGCAGUUUUACCUUUUUACGUCACUGGCAGCUUGGUUGAUCAGAAAGUCAGGGAGGCCAUUUGAACAGCCACAAGAAAAAGAUGACCCCAACUCUACAAUAUCUAGUAUUUUGGAUUCACUUCGACAAAUUGGUGUAAAUGUGGAUUUCCCACCAAAUAAAUUGAAGCAAGGUUUUGGAGAACACGCCCUAUUUGUGCUGGAUCAUUUGGCGGAUGCUGCGUUGAAGAAUACCAGUUUUACUUGGAAAAAACCUCGACCAGUCGUGGAAGUGGAGGAAGAAGAAGAUGCGAUGGAGGAUGAAUCAGAGUUGCUACUUGAAAAGGUGGAAGAGGAUAUGGCCGCAGAGAUUUCUGACGAAGACGAGGAAGACAUCUUGCAUCUUGAUGAUCUGCAUAACUUGCACAUUGGGAAUAAGACUUUAACAGAUUCUCAGAAACCGGAUGGCAUCCUUGAGUCUACUACAAACUCUGAAGGAUGGAAAUUAGAACUGGAAAGAAUCUUACCGCAGCUUAAAGUCACCAUCAGUACAGAUGUUCAGGAUUGGCGAACACAUCUAGAGCAGAUGCAGAAACAUCGCAGUGGAAUUGACGAAGCUUUGACAACAACGAAAGGUCAACUCGACAAACUCCAUUCGGACAUUUCAAGCACACUUGAGAAGAUCGGCAGUCGAGAAAAGUACUUGGGCAGUCAGUUAGAACCUCUGUUGGUUCAGUACAGAGCUCUGCAGGACGAAUUUGCACGAGUGAAUGAGCAGUGCCGUGAAGUGAGUGGCGGCGUUAAGGAGAGAUCACGUAUUUUGGCUCGGGUUACCGAGGAGUUGGAGUCCGUGAAGCAGGAGAUGGAUGAAAGAGGUUCUAGCAUGACAGACGGAACUCCGCUAGUUAAUAUAAAGAAGGCGAUUUCACAAAUCAAGAGCGAGAUUACUGGAAUGGAUGUGAGGGUGGGAGUGUUGGAACACAGUUUGCUGCAGGCUCGCCUGCGAGACAAGAAUUUGCUCCAGCAGGAUAUGAACACUCUGCCUCAUGUUUUGGUGUAAUAAUUCCAAGUUCAACAACACGCGCACAGGGACGUGUCCACACACACACCCUCAUCAUGGAAGGACUUACGUUUUGCGCACACGUGCACAAGAAUAUUCACAGUGUAUAAUCUUCAUGAGGUUUUCCAUGUGGAAUCUUCAUAGUCAUUCUCAAAGUAUAAUUUUUCAUUCUUGUAUGUGUUAAAUCACAAAAUUAUGAUCUAAGGGUAAUGAUCUAUGUAGUAAGUGGAGCUACUGAACUUGUUUGUGAUUUUGAACAUACGCACUUCCCAUUUAUUGUUUGUCUGAAAUAAUGUUAUCAUUAUAAUACAUUACUGUCAGUACCCUGAGGACGAGAAUGAAGAUGGUUCUCGAAACGUUGGCGUUUUCUCCGUUAAACCACCUUGCACAGUUUGUGGCCAGAGAAGAUUUUAUUAUAUGUAGUCGCCGUGAACGCUUCACGUCAUACGACAAUUAAAUUGUUUUGUAAACAUAAAA